UACCGCAUUCUAAAACUGGACGUAUGAACUAUCAGAAACUAAUAGGCAGUGUAAUGGCUAAGGAUCUGUGGUUAGGAACAGGUUGUUAACAGAAUUCCGCAACAGGCUACUUUACCUGUACAGGAAUUGGGAGUAAAUGCAACUGACCUACUUAAGGAAGCGAAUAGCGAUAUGUUGGGUCUUGGAGGCGGAGGAGCUAAAAAUGCAGCUAAACCAUCUUUUAUAUCGUACAUCACACCAGAAGAAGUAGGCAAGGAUGAGCUGUUGGGCAAGAACUUGCGUCCUAGCUUGCUACCAGGUGAAAACUUGCUGUGUGAAGCAAACUCUGUGCUGAAAUACAUACAAGAUGAUAUAUCUCAACAGGGUGUUUUUGGGAAACUCCUAUGUACAGAUUUUAAGAUUACUUUUCUUAGUGAAGAAACCACACCUGCUGAUGCGGAGUCACCAUUUAAGAACAAACUUUUGGAAGAGAAUGAUAUUCCAUUACCCUGCGUGGACUGCAUUUAUGGAGUGUUUGAUGAAAAGAAGAAAACACCAUUGUUUGGCCCUUUGAAGAACAAGUGCCCAAAAAAACUGAUUAUCUGCUGUAAAGACUUGAGGGUUUUUCAUUUCGGUUUGAAGUAUACAAAAGAAGAAGAAGCCAAGAUGAUCGUCAAUGGAAUUGUUCAUCAUUGUCUAAGUUCAAAACAGUUGAAACUGUUGUUUUUGUUCUCAUAUGCUGAAGCAACAUCAAAUUCACGAGGAGUAUGUGAAAAAUCUGAAACAGUGAUGUUCAAUACUAUGAAGGAUUGGCGAAUGGAGUUAGACAGAACAAAAGGGAAUUUAACAUACAGAGUGUCAUCAGCUAAUGAAUGCUACAAAAUCAGUGAAAGGCUUCCACAAUAUUUUGUUGUUCCUGGAUCAGUUUCUGAUACAAAUAUUGAACAGCAGAAAGGAAAAGGAAUUCCUAUCUGGUGCUGGUCUCACCACAAUGGAUGCGCCCUCCUGAAGAUGUCUUGUAUGAAGGAACCGGAAGAGAAUCCAUUGCAGAGCCCUAAAAUAUCUCCAGAAAGUCAAAUAUUUACCAUCUGCAACCAAGACACGUCACAGCAGGAGAGGUUUGAAGAUCUCGCUAUUAGUCUUCCAUCGCUGCAAGAUAUUCAGGUUGCAUACAGCAAAUUUAAGCAGCUCUGCCUAAUAGACAACACUACUGACUUUUGGGACUCUGAUGUAAAGUGGUUUUCCUCAUUAGAGAACUCCAGCUGGUUAGAAAUCAUUAGACAGUGUCUAAAGAAAGCAUUAGAAGUUGCAGAAAGUCUGGAGCGAAAAUUUGAAAAUGUUAUCCUGGUUGAGGAUGACUGCUCUGAUCUUUGCUGUGUGAUAUCAAGCCUGGUCCAGAUUAUGAUGGAUGACUACUACAGAACAAAAAUUGGCUUUCAAAGCCUCAUCCAGAAAGAAUGGAUAGCAGGAUGCCAUAGCUUUUUGGAUAGAUGUAAUCAUCUUCGUAGACCUGAUAAAGAAGAGGUCCCUGUUUUCUUGCUGUUUUUAGAAUGUGUCUGGCAAACACUUCAGCAGUAUUCUCCAGCAUUUGAAUUUACGGAGACAUACCUCACAGUUUUGUCAGACAGUCUGUACAUUCCUGUGUUCAGCACUUUUUUCUUUAAUUCACAACACCAAAGGGAUUCCAAUCUUGCUGUAAGACAUUUAAAAAGUCAGUGUAAAGGGACUAAACCCUUGCACUACCCCACCAUUUGGGAGUGGUCAUUACAGUUUGAUCUCAGGUGUCAAGAAGUUUUCAACAAUCCUCUCUAUUCUGAGAAACCAACGACUGCAAAACUUCAACAAAAACAACAUCGGCCUAAGCACCAGCGACAUCUGUCUUUACCAAUAAUGCCAAGCAAACCACCCACAAAGAAAGGUUUCUUCAGGGAAGAAGCAGACCAUUUUAAGAGUUUCCUUGGCAGAAGAUUGAGCAAGUUAAUUAAUUCCCCGGAAGAACCUCAAAAUGAAUUAAAAAAGUUCUACGAUUCCUGGGUUAGUAAACCUGUUGAAUAUCAUGGGCUCCUGCUCCCUUGUAUUGAAGGGCCUGCUGUUAAAGUUUGGGUUCAGCGAUACCUGCGAUGGGUUUCCGAGGCACAGAUCCUAGGAGGUGGAGCACUUACUGCCAUGUCCAAAGUCUUUGAACUCAUGGAGGAGAUACAAGGACUGCAGAGAGAACUGGAACAGCAGCAGGAGCUUGUGCCUUUAUCUCCCACUCUCCGAGGAAACAUUUAUUUAUCUCUGAGUUCCUCCACACAUCUGUCAUCAUGUUUCCCAUUUGCUUCAUUGCGCAAACGCUCUUUCAGGCCUGUUAUACCAAGAAACACCCUCAAAAGUUUUGGAUCUGUGGAGGAUUUAGCCAGUAGAGAGGAUGAGUAUAUUGAUGUGGGGGAUCAUUAAUUUUUUUUUUCUUUUUUUUCAGGGUAAUAACUGUCAGAACAGUAAGCUUAAGAGUUCCCUGUUUUAGUCCAUUUGGUGUGAAAUGGAGUAAAAAUUACAGCUACCAGUUAGCAAAAGUUAGUUGUAUAAUCUGCAGCAUAAAUCACAAAACUAGUGCAUCACUUGGAGCCAUUUUUCUUUAGUUCUAAGUAUAUUUAUAUACAUUUCUUUUGAAAAGCUAAGAACAUAACAGACAUGUAGUAAGCAUUUUUUGUGCUUUGUAUUCCAUGUGAACACUUGUUCUGUCCAUUCCGAUUGCGCCCUACAUCCCUGAGUGCCAUUGUUGGGCUGCAUUUUUCAUCAUGCAAAUCCACUUUUUUGUACUGAAGCACAGCUGCGUUGUGAGAAGUUUACAUUGCAGAGGGCAUGUGAGCUGAGCCACUCCAUGGAAGUUGCUGUAUGCUUAUUUUUGUGGUGAAGCGUAGCUGUUUUGUGACUAGAAGUUUUACAUAUCAGGUGUGUGAGUUGAUAUAUGUAGGUAUGUAAACAAAUAAUGUGUAGCCUUCAGUACUGAGCUCUUUAAAGUUGACAAAGCCAUUUUUCAUACAGUUUAAUUUUUUCUUGCUUAUACAUUGAGUAGCCCACCUGUUUAUUUUUUUUUGUGCCACCUACUGUGUGCC